AUGGCCAUCACAUCCAAAUCUCAGAUUACCUUGCAAGUUCCUGCCAAGGUCAAUCCUCAGAUUCGCGUCGGUCCGCUUCGACAGGAUGGCUAUCAUGAUAUAACACUGGCUUACCAGGCUAUUUCGAUCUACGACAUUCUGACAAUUUCCCCGUCACCCAAUGGCCCUACCAUACGGGUCACCGGCAUGGAUAGCGAGCGAGUUCCAAGCAAUGGCCAAAACCUGGUGAUCAAAGCAGCCAACAUGGUUGCAGCUGAAGCCAGGAUCGAGCCAUUAGUACAUUUCGAGCUCAACAAAUCAAUUCCCUCGGAAGCAGGUCUUGGAGGCGGCAGUGCAGAUGCUGCAGCCGCUCUCGUAGGGUGCAACAUCCUAUGGAACUUGAACAUUAGCGCAAAAGACCUGAUGCAUAUUGGUGCGCAGCUUGGUGAAGAUGUGCCUUUCUUUGUCAAUGGCAUGAUGGCGUUAGGAAUGGGACAUAAACAGCCUCUGGUAGCUCUAGAGACGAUAGGAUAUACCUGGAAUUGGGUACUAGGUGUUCCCCAUCGCGGCCUGUCGACGAGGGCUGUUUUUGCCCAAUACGACGAAAUAUUGGCACAGUCAGACAAUCCAGAAGAAAAAUAUCUUUUGCGACGCAAAGAUUGCAUUGAAACUCCAUGGGGAACAACUGACCCUGAAAAGCUCUUAUCGGAGCUGGUCAACGACCUUGAACGGCCGUCUUCUGAGCUUCUCCCUGAUAUAACCAUUGCUCUACAAGCGGGUAAGACCGCGGGUGCUAUCCGGAGCCUAAUGAGUGGCUCUGGAUCAACUUGUGCCUUUUUGGCAAAGGAUCAGACCCAUGCGAAGUCUUUGAUGGUAGAGCUACAGAAGCUAGAUAUUUUUAGGGAUGUUAGAAUUGCCACUGGUCCAGUUGAAGGCGUCAAGGUCAUCGACUCUAGCCCAUAG